AUGUCCGGCAUUGCAAUAGUUCAAGCAAUCCCUGGCGGGAACGAUUAUUUAUUGGAGGACGUUGAUUACACAUCGGGGGACACUCGAGGAGUAGUUGUCUCAGUUGUCGUUUCCUGGUUCUCUGGUGCGGCAGUGGUCGGAUUGCUCGUUGCUCUUGCUAUUUCAGCAUGGAACACUCGGAAGUCGGUAAAUCCUCAUUUGUUUGUACGAAGCCACGUCGCUGCGUACUUCGUAUCGCUUCUGUUGUGUGACCUCCUGCAAGCUUUCGGGUCCAUCCUCAAUAUGAGAUGGGUAGCCAAUGGGGAAAUCAUCGCUGGCCAUUAUUGCACCUUUCAGGGCUUCAUCAAGCAGAGUGCGGAUGUAUCCACGGCAAUUUGGUCUUUCCUCAUUGCUUUACAUACAUUCCUAGUAGUCUUCCUGCGAUGGAACAUGCCGAGGCGUAGUCUCUAUGCGAUGUUUUUUGGCGGCUGGGGAUUCGUCCUUUUGAUCAUCAUCAUUGGACCCGCUAGCUACAGGAAGGAGUGGGGCCCCUUCUAUGGAAUUGCUGGCUAUUGGUGUUGGAUCUCGAGCAACUAUGAUACGGACCGUCUCGUAUUGGACUACUUGUGGCUGUUUGUAUCUGCAGCCCUGACGUUUAUCCUGUAUAUUCUGGUCUAUCUCAAUCUACGCGGAAAUGUCACGACUAGCGGCAUAGUACUCCACCGCGAUUCGAUGGUGGUCAGAACUGUUCAUACGCAGGUUGUUGCUCUGGCGAAGCAAAUGCUCAUAUAUCCGGUUGCAUACACCAUCCUUAUCCUUCCGAUCACCAUUUGUCGAUUCGUGGAAUGGUCGGGUUACGGCGUAUCCGAGUCUGUCAGCGCUUUUGCUGACUCGGUGUUCCUCAUGCAAGGGCUGGUCGACGUUAUCCUGUUCUUGGUAACGCGACGUGUUCUCCCCGAUCACAGCGUGUUGCCAAGGUCCGUCAGCAUCAAGUUCUGGUGCAGAAAAACUGGGUCCUCCGCAGUGGUGACCAACGCUUCCAGGGGUUUCGUAAUCGACCCCGAUCUUGAGAAAGGAAAUGCAGACAAUUCAGAGGAAGAGAAGCGCGAUGGUAUCUUCAAGAGAGCUGAUAGCCCCGAUGCAAACUCGGAACUCUCGCAUGACCAUUCAGUCACGAUCAGGGUGCAGUCAAUGGUGGUGGAUCGCAUCUACAUGCAACCUGGUGUAUAUGAACAUCCUCGCACACCUCCCCGGAUGACGCCUCAGACUGCCGGCCAAAUGGAGGAUGUCUCGCUGGACAGUGCCAAAGCCGUUAGAGCAAGCAAUAGAGACAGCGAUUACUACGCCAAAGAUCUCCCCCCGCUUCCUAACUCCGCGUAUACUCCUCGAGGCACCGUUAGGAGCUACUAUGCCGAGAAUCCGGCUCCCACGCACAGUCCCCGCCCCAACAUGGAAUGUGGCGAAAUGUCCCGGGCCAGUAGUCCAACGCUCAGCCCACAAGCAGACCGGUAUGUCCAGGACACGAGUCAUGCUGGCAGCCCGCUGCGCAGUGCCAGAAGUCCGCGAAACUAUGGGACUGUCUCACCAGCACCCGCGUACACUCCUAGGCGGACCAUGACCGAGGAUGCUCGCCCAGACAAUUACUACGCGGAGCACUCGCCGAGUCACACUCCUCCGCACACGGCGCAUUCAGAUGGCAGUGAGAGGUACAGUGCUACUGAGAGCAGCCACUACACCAGUGAUGAGGAGGACCAUCAUGAUCCUGUGCACAGCCCAAUGUUCAUUCCCCGCACUGCACCCCGCCCUCUGUACCUCGGCACGCCCCGCAGCGCGACCUUCCCCACCACGAGGCCACCUCAAGGCAGUGCACGUACUGCUAACUUCCCAUUGAGCGCCAGAUUGCCCCCAUCCGGUGGUAACUGGUUCUGA